CUUCCUUCACGUGCGCCCGUCGUUAGGACUCCAGCCCCCAGCGGACCACACCGCCCUGCUCCCGAGGCCUGCGCCGCUGAGUCCGUCGCGCUACCCGCUGGGAGUGGUAGUUCCGCCCGACGGCUGGCGUCACGCCCCUGACCCAGCGCAGGGCGGAUUUGUGUCUGGAGCCGGCUCCCAGGCUGGGGCGGAGAAGUUGUUUCUCUGACCCAAAGUCUCAUUGGAUAUCGCACUACUAGAAGGGGCGGUGCUGCCAUGAUAGAGAAGGAAACAAAAGUGAAAGCCUAUCGCGGUUAGAAGCGGUUACUAUUACGAAGAAUUCGCAAUGGGCGCAUUCUGCACGGGACAUUAAGCCAUAUGAUGGCCGACAACCACGAAGCUCCAUUACCCAGGAUCCGGAGGAAUGGAGCAACUGGCCAGCGUGGGCCGUUGCAGCUCUGUUUUCAGAAGGCCGCUCAAAUUGUCUGGUGCUGUGUCCUUUGACAGAGUAUGAAAUGGAGGCCCAGGGAAGAAAAGAGAGUUGUCCAAGGUCACGGAGCCAACAAAUAAAAGAAGUUAAAGCAGAGGGUGACAGAAGGAACAAUCUAACUUUUCAGAUCAACCCUAAACCCAAAACUGUUAUUACCACACUUACGGAAGCGAAAACCCUGCCCUUUGUGCUUUUUAUUUUUUUAAGAUUGUAUUUAUUCGACAGACACAUCACAAGCAGGCAGAGAGAGGAGGAAGCAGGCUCCCGCUGAGCAGAGAGCCCAAUGGGGGGCUCGAUCCCAGGAUCCUGGGAUCAUGACCUGAGCUGAAGGCAGAGGCUUUAACCCACUGAGCCACCCAAGCGCCCCGUGUUUUUUUAUUUCUUAAUGGAGUCUCCAGUUCCAAGCAAAGAGAAUGGAAGUAAAAAGUUUUUUCUUAGUGUUAGUAGUUCAGGACCCAAACACAGAUGUGCCCCAUCCAUCCUAGAAAACCCUGUUAUGAGUUCCAGAAAUGGCGAACAAUUUGGCCAAGUUGUACUUGGCCUAAACUCCAACUCUUUCCUACCUUCCUACAACACCAUCACUUUGGGAUUGUUUUAGUAGUUGUGCUCUACCUGUCCGAUGCCUAUUCUGAUGCCUGAGAAACCUGGAGUGGGGAGGCAAGGACCAUUCAAGUACCCUACGGACUUCAAAAGCUGGCUUCCAGAAUUAAGAUUUUUUUAAAAGAAAGACCCAAAAUGAACACCCGGCAUGGGAACCAGUCAUCACUGGUCAAGUCCCGACCCGGACUCUUUUUUCUGUUCCCAGGAAGUGGAGGGGACUGCCAAGCCCCAUCUACCGGAAGUGCCUUUUCGUGAGUACCUGGAUGUUCUUGCUGCUCUGCGUUCGAAUUCCCGGUUCGACACUGCAACAUGCUUCUGAUUCAGCUCCUCUGCUUAGCUGUAAAAAUGCGUUAAUCACAACUGCCUGGUAUCUUCCUGAGCAAGACUUUACGGUGGGACCCAGUAUGCUUCAUUUUAUCCAGAAGUUUUCUCAAGCAUCUUCAAAGAUGUUUAAGUACCCUUUUCCAGUCCGACUAGGAGCCAGCAGAAUAGAAACAUUUUCUCUCAAGACAUGUCACCAACAGAACUUUUCCCCUUUGUUUCCAAGGCCUUGGUUUUUUUCUUCAUUUUCAGUGUAUAUGAGGAAGACACAAUACUAUCAUACUUCCCCAUGCAGCUUUAAGAAGCAGAAGCAAGAAGUACUUCCAGCCAAGCCAUCAAGCACCAUCACUUACCUAUUUGACAGCCCAAAGCCAGCAUUAUACAUAACUCUGGGCGGACUAAUCCCCUUUAUUACUCCACCACUGGUCAUGGUGAUGACAAAGACUUAUAUUCCUGUGUUAGCUUUUACUCAGAUGGCUUAUGGAGCCAGUUUCCUAGCUUUCUUGGGAGGGAUCAGAUGGGGUUUUGCUCUACCAGAAGGUAGUACAGCGAAACCAGACUUCCUCAAUUUAGCUAAUAGUACAGCUCCUCUUGUGUUUUCAUGGUUUGCUUUUCUUAUUUCUGAAAGACUCAGUGAAGCUAUAGUCACAGUAAUAAUAGGUUUGGGGAUAGCAUUACACAUUGAACUUUUUCUUUUGCCACAUUAUCCCAAUUGGUUCAAAGCCCUUAAGAUAGUAGUCACUUUAGUUGCCUUGUUUUCAUUUAUAAUCACUUUACUAGUUGAAGAUAUUUAUCCAGAGAAAGGACCCAAGAGACCUGGUCAAGUAGAAUAAAUACAAAACUACUUUGUAGAUGACGUUAGCAUGUUGGCUAUAAGCCUUAGAAGGCUGUGUUUUGGCAUCAUCUUUUUCUACUUAUCCUGUUUAACAACCUUUUCCUCUAUCGGUGGUUAUUUAUUCUUCCAGAUUUUUUUCGUUUCUAAAAUCUUUAUUUCAUAGAAAUUACUUGACAACAGUUUGAAAAUCCCUAACAAGUCAUUUUCACUCUAGAUUACAGUUUUUAGUCUUUAUGAAUUACACAUUUUAAUGUUUGUUUUGAAUGUAAAAUAAUAAAAAUGGAAAUCCCUUUC